CUCGGGAGGAAGUCCACUUCCUCUCAGAGCAAGCAUUAAACCCCACCCGCCCUUGGUGGUCUAGUUGGUUAUGGCGUUCGGCUGUAAUUGUGAAAAAUUGUUACCGAAAUGUCGCUGGUUCGAUUCCGGCCCGAGGGAUCCUUUCUUUUUGCACUUUUUUACUUUUUUAUUAUCUUUUUUUUACACUUUGGCAAUUACUGUCCUUUUGGUUGGGUUGACGCUGCCUGAAUUUCUUUUUUUUUCCUGUCUUAUUGUUGGCAGGGACAACGGCUGCAGCGGAAGAAUGUGUGGCGAUAGGAUAGGUGCGCUAUGCAUUUAUGUUUUUAUUUAGCCCUUCUCAAGGUUAUACCACUUCACUUGAGCUCGGGAUGUUCAUGUUUGCAUAUGCAUUCUUUGUAUUUCAUUGAUACUAUUAAAUCUAGAC